ACGCACCGAAACACCUGUGAAAACGGGCGGCGUUCUUAGCAUUUUAUCCAAGAAUUUAUCUCCAGAUUCACGCCUCGAAUCUUUCAAAAUGACGACUCCCACUCCAUUUCCCUCUCUUGAUCUUCUUCCGAUUCGUCUCUCCGCUGCACUGAUCUACCUCCGUACAGUGUCGGCUUCAUCUCCGAUUACGCAGUCGUCGAAGGAUCGCUACCUUUGUCGAGAAUACUGCAAAAAUCAAGCUUAUUCGGGCCAAUUCCAUCUACGUUUUCGCCGAAAUGGAGCUCGGGAUUGAUUGCCUUCUUAGAGCUGCUUGGAUUGCAGUAGCAUUGCCUAUACUUGUUGCUUUCUUACCUUUCUCUAGUCUGGAUUGGUUUCGCGGAGUUCUGUUAGGGUUUGCGAGGAGAGGGAAGAUCCUGCAGUCGUCGUCUCAGAAAUUUACUGUGCCUCAGAAGUACUUCUGCCACUUCUAUGUGUUGGCUGUUAUCUGGACAACAUUGUUGCUAGGAACAACUUGGAUAUAUGCAUAUGCUUUGACACCGGAAAUCUCAGAGCCCUUUAAUUUUCCUGCCAUUACGAGCCAGUUGACUGGAGGUUCAAGUUUGUUUUCAUGGGGCAAAUCUCUUUCAUCACGAAGGGAAACCAGAUUCCUGGUCUGGAGAACUGUUUUUUUGCUUUUAUUAAUGGAAGUUCAAGUUCUGAGACGUCUUUAUGAAACAAUAUAUGUUUUCAACUACAGUCGCUCGGCUCGGAUGCACAUCUGUGGCUAUUUGACUGGCUUCUUUUUCUACACGGCAGCUCCUCUAUCACUUUGUAGCAAUUUUAUUCCAGAAGUGUAUCACUUUGCUACAAAUGGACUAGUCAAGUUCAUUGUUGAAGGCAAAAGGCAUAUGCCAGAUGUUGAAGUGUUUGAUUUUGUGAUUCCUCUGACAAAUUUGGGGUGGCAUCAGUGCAUCGGUGCAGCGUUAUUCUUUUGGGGUUGGAUUCAUCAGCAUCAUUGCCAUCAGAUUCUGGGCUCGCUGCGGGUACCUGGACAACAAUCUGAAGAAUAUAAAAUUCCUCAUGGUGAUUGGUUUGAAAUUGUAUCUUCUCCACACUAUCUUGCCGAGAUUGUUAUAUACGCUGGACUGGUGGUUGCUAGUGGAGGAGAAGACUUGACAAUCUGGCUAGCUUUUGGAUUUGUGGUGGUAAAUCUGGCCUUUGCAGCAGUAGACACUCAUAGGUGGUAUCUUCGUAAAUUCGAUGAUUAUCCGAGAAACCGGUUUGCUAUUAUACCGUAUAUCUACUGAGCCAUGUGAAAUUUACUAUAAGCCAUACUUUCUGUAGUGAGAUUACUUGUUUUGAAUAUCAUUAUGUAAUUAUAAUCAUACUGUGUAGAAUUUCUGCCCUGCACUGGAGUUGCAGCCCUCAUAUUUUCUAGGCCUGAAAGUAGGUUGCUCAUUUGACAUACUGAGGACAAGUCGAAACGAAAAAGAGAUGAAAUUGAGUCGAUUUUGUCAGUUAGAA